AUGUCAUACCAGGCAAGGCCAGCAGGUUCGGCAUCCAGCGGUGGCGCUGGCAUGGGUAGCAUGGCAACAAGAAACCCUGUGAUGGAGUACAUCUGCGCCGACUGCGCCGCUUCCAACGAGAUUCGACCAAGGGAGCCCAUCCGUUGCAGAGAAUGUGGUCAUCGUGUUAUGUACAAGAAGAGGACGAAGCGUAUGUUGCACUUCGAGGCUCGUUAA